AUGAAAGCGGGGGCAAACUGGAACAGCGUCAGUGGUUGUGUGUCGAGGUCAUUUGAUUCACCAUGUGAUACGCGUAACAAUCAAAACGACGAUGCCCUCAGAAGUACCCAAUCACUACCCCACAACAAGAAGGGAGCCAUCAACAUGGGCCUGGUUAUACGACGAGCGCUCACCGCAUCCGCGGCUACAUUGUUAGAAAUGACAGAAUUUGCAUCACCGCAACAGGCUAAUACAGAUUCACAACCUUGGCGCUCACCUGUUCCAAAGGAGUGUCCAGUAAAAUAUGUUAAAAAGCCGUAUUCAACAGUAUCGUGUGAUGACAGUGGGAGUACUGGCAAAUCCUCAUCAAGACGAAUUCGCGCCAGCAGUGUUGUGGAGGUGGGCGGUCGCAUGAUGCGCAUGCGGAAAAAGAGUGGCCAAAGCGACAAAUCGCAGACACAGAAAUGUGGCAGUAGUGGGGAGAAGAGUAGACAGGACAAGAAGUCAAAACAGUACGAGCAGGUUAUGAACGUGGCGGCGGCUGAACACUUUCAGCACCAAGCGAAGAACAAAGUACACGUUGGGCGGCACCGGAGCGCAACUCUUGCUUCGGCGGCGUCGAUUACCUUGCAGAAGAGUCUGAGCCGUGAACUACAGAGCUCACAGGACAGUAUCGAUCAAAUGGGAAGUGAGGAUGAAGAUGUUCUACCACUCAGUAUGGGAAUUGGCAAGGGACACAAUCGAGCGAACACACGUGACACAUGCACUAGGCCAAACGGACCGAAUAUCGCUGCAGGCAAAGUUUCUGAGUUGGGAUUUCGAAGAUUCUUGGUAAUAAGGGACGAGAGCCGGAGUAACUUGUUCGAUUCAGAUAGCGAACUGAGCACAUGUACUAUCCUGGCUAACUCUGUUUCUUCAAAUAACGGCAAAGAGCAAUAUAGACCGAAUAUUGCUCAAAAACUCGAUCAGAACACUCCAACGUAUCGUGCAUCACCUAACAAGAAUGUGAUGACUCCGCCGCGAAUUCUGGUUGUAACGAAAAUCAGUUGUAUAGCCAGCGUGCGAAUAUUCACACCAGAGGAGGACAAGGAAGCUAGGUGUGUAGUCGAUGCUCAAAUCGACGACUAAAACAGACUACCGAUACGAUGAUAAUGC